CCCUCCCCCCCCGCCCGGGCUCCCGGCCGCUUUGUGCUGCUGAGGGAGGGAAGAUGGCGGCGCGGGCGGGUUUCCAGGCGGUCGCUCCGAGCGGCGGCGGCGGGGGAGCCGGCCCCGGGGCGGGAUCGUUGGGGCCGGGCACGGCUGGGCCGCCUGUUCGAAUGGGCCCGGCUCCCGGGCAAGGGAUGUACCGCUCGCCUCUGCCCGGCGCUGCGUACCCGCGCCCUGGCAUGUUGCCUGGUAGCCGCAUGACCCCUCAGGGACCUGCAAUGGCGCCUCCAGGUUACGGUGGCAGUCCUUCAGUUCGACCUGGGAUGGCCCAGUCAGGAAUGGACCAGUCUCGGAAAAGACCAGCCCCUCAGCAGAUCCAACAAGUUCAGCAGCAGGCAGUGCAGAACCGCAACCACAAUGCCAAGAAGAAGAAGAUGGCAGAUAAGAUACUACCUCAGCGGAUCAGGGAGCUAGUUCCGGAGUCUCAGGCGUACAUGGAUUUGUUGGCUUUUGAGAGGAAAUUGGACCAGACCAUCAUGAGAAAGCGCUUGGAUAUCCAGGAGGCCUUGAAACGGCCUAUUAAGCAAAAGCGGAAGCUGCGCAUUUUCAUCUCUAAUACCUUCAAUCCAGCCAAGUCAGAUGCAGAGGAUGGAGAAGGCACAGUGGCUUCCUGGGAGCUCCGUGUCGAGGGGCGGCUGUUAGAGGAUUCUGCUCUUUCCAAGUAUGAUGCGACUAAACAGAAGAGGAAGUUUUCAUCCUUUUUUAAGUCUCUGGUGAUUGAGCUGGACAAGGACCUGUAUGGCCCAGACAAUCACUUGGUGGAGUGGCAUAGGACUGCAACUACCCAAGAGACGGAUGGUUUCCAGGUGAAAAGACCAGGAGAUGUGAAUGUGCGCUGCACUGUCCUGCUGAUGCUGGACUACCAGCCUCCACAGUUCAAACUGGACCCUCGUUUGGCUCGCCUCUUGGGGAUCCACACCCAGACUCGCCCCGUGAUCAUCCAGGCGCUGUGGCAAUACAUCAAGACCCAUAAGCUGCAGGACCCCCAUGAGCGAGAGUAUGUAAUUUGUGACAAGUACCUCCAGCAGAUAUUCGAGUCUCAGCGAAUGAAGUUUUCUGAGAUCCCCCAACGGCUGCAUGCUUUGCUUAUGCCUCCAGAGCCAAUCAUCAUCAACCAUGUCAUCAGUGUUGAUCCAAAUGAUCAGAAGAAAACGGCCUGCUAUGACAUUGACGUGGAAGUGGACGAUACUUUGAAAACCCAGAUGAAUUCUUUCCUGCUGUCCACAGCCAGCCAGCAAGAGAUCGCUGCUUUAGACAACAAGAUUCAUGAGACCAUAGAAACCAUCAACCAACUGAAAACCCAGCGGGAAUUCAUGCUCAGCUUUGCCAGAGACCCCCAAGGCUUCAUCAACGAUUGGCUGCAAUCCCAGUGCCGGGAUCUGAAAACUAUGACAGAUGUUGUUGGGAACCCAGAAGAAGAGCGCCGAGCUGAAUUCUAUUUCCAGCCAUGGGCUCAGGAGGCUGUGUGCAGAUACUUCUACUCUAAGGUUCAACAGAGACGGCAGGAGCUGGAACAGGCUCUGGGAAUCCGCAACACAUAGAUGGGCCGGCCUUUCCCAAACCCGCAGGUCUCGUGGCUAAACAAACACUGCAGGGAUUCACUGCUCAGGCCUAUGCCAUUCCCACUCCAGCACAGCACCUACAGUUGCUCUCCCAUCCCAUCCCAUCCCAUCCACCAUCAUCUCUUCUCUGUGGCUGUCUUACCUCCCAGGGAAGGAACGUUGCCAGCAGGCAGGCCAAAGGCCUUGCUUUUCAGCCUGGCCUCCUUCCUUGGAUCGUUGCCUUCAGAGCCCCAGGGCUCUCCUGCCUUGGCUCGAGCUGAAGCUAUUCUGUGCUGAGGAUAGCUUCCGUUCAAAGCCUUGGAAGCUCAGGACCCCCUUGCCAAUCCCUAGAUGCCCCCUCCCCAGCUCCACCUCCCCCAAAGCAAUGAGGCUGGACAGCUCUACUGCACGUCAGCUCUGGGGCUGUUCAAUUCCCUGUCCGGUCUAGAGCGGGAAGAGCUGCAGGCAGGUACCCCUGCCAUGGGUGUCACAGCCCUUUUGGUCUUUAACGGGUGGGGAAUGCUGUGCUGCUGCGGCUGUUGAGAGAGGAUGGAAUCCUCUCUUUAUACGUGGCUUUCUUACCAGGAACCAAAACGCUGCAAAGGUGGCACAGAUUCUGCCAGUCAUGGCAAGCCUUGCCUGAUUUUAUUUUGGGGAGGGGUCUGGACAGGUGGAGUUGUCAGAGGAUGCCCUGGGCCUAUUCCUGGGCUGCAGUGGUGCCUCCGGGUCACGGCCUUUUAAAGGAAGAAGCGCCUCCACCCUAGACCCUUAGUUCUUUUCCUCUCCCUCUGUACUCUGGGCUCACUGAAGCUGGCCAAAGGGCUCCCCACAAGCAGGGCUUGCUGUCGUUCUGUCUUCCUCAGCUGACUGGCGCCAGGCAGGUUUCUGGGGCAAACUUCAAGAUGGAGGACAGGGAAGCACAGGCAGGUGUCUUUGAGCUGGCAAAAACACAGCAGAGGUGCCGAUAAGCAUAACGAACAGGGCUCACUUCUCACGUGUAUUUCUUGGCCCUGGGCACCCGCUAGUUUUUGGCCGGGCUGGGGCGGGGGGAGAAUUUUUCUGCUGAAUGGAUUUUGGGGACUGUAAUGUAGCUGGACAGGUCCCAGCUGCUCGUAUUCUGACACUAGCUGCAAAAAUCAAGUUACUGACAACACCCCUCUACCACCUCUGGAGUGAGGCUGGGGACUGCUUUGAAUUCAGGAGUCUGGGUGACCCUAAACCUCUGUGUGUGUGUCCAUGUUAAAAGUUGGGGACUGUCUACUUUUUCUGUCUUGUCUUUGCCAUAUUGAAAGGCCACCGUGCCCUAUGAUCCCCUCCUUCCCCCUGCUUUGUGGCACUGGGGAAUAGAACCCCAGUUCCCUCUGUAGCUGCCACAGUCUCUCAGGGCAAGUGUAGAUGAAGGAAGCUCAGAGACUGGCUGGCUGGCAAAGUGUAGUUGUUUUAAGUGCUCUCUUCCGAUGCUUUGUGUUUGUGGUUCUCCCCCACGCCCAUCCCCCUUGGACCAAAUUUUUUUUUGUACUGUAUCCUUUUAGAUGUCACCCAGUUUUAAAUAAAAGCUGCCUCUAAAUGAUGGUGUUAA